AGCUUAGUAAGAGCUAAACGGGCCGAUACGCCACUGCUAGACUCGUUUGCACAGCCGACCAACUCACGCCUCACCACGAACGACGGGAAAUUAUUCUGCGCGGAGUCCGAACGUAGAGGAUUUUCCUUGCCCGAUUCCCCGGCCGACCUCGCCGCCUCUGGUAGCCCUGCUCCUGACGCCGUCCAACCGCCACCUCUCCCUCUUUUCUUCUUCGUUCCCUUCAUUCCACCUUUUCUUUUCCUUUCUUCUACUUCUUCCCCUUUCCUCCCCCAUUUUCUUUCCUCCAUUUUUUUCUCCCCACUUCUUCCUCCUCUCAUCUUCUUCUUCCUCAAUAAACUAACACUAACCCUAGCCUCCACCUCCACUUGCUCACUCUAAAAUCCGAGAGAAAGAGAGUGGUUUCUCCAUCUAACAUCUUCUCUUCAAUUUCAAAACUCCCUUCCUACAAUCUUUUAUACUUCCUCCACCAAAACCCUAACUAACCCUAACUUUCUCUCAUUUUCUCUCUCUAGACCUAGAGGAAUAAAUUCGUUUCUCUCUCUAAACACACACACAGAAAGUACAUUUUUCUUUAUCUAGGUCACCUUCCAUCACCCCUUCCACACCCACUCCUUUUCUCUCUCUACCUAUAGAGAAUAAUUUCACUCUCUCUCUAAUAUUGAGGGAGUGGUUCGCUCUAUAGUAUACCUCUCUCCACUCUCUAUCUACAAAAAAAGACAAAAAGAAGAAAAAAAAGAGAGAAAGACUCGUGUGUGGCCGUCCUUGUUGUCUCGCCGUUCGCUUUUGUCGCUCCACACUUUGAGUCUCCUUGCUGUCGCUGCACAGCUCAAACACGAUGAUGGCCUUUAGUGAGAUCACAACGCCCAAGGCUGCAGCAUUGCAUUUGCUCUGUAGCCUUAGCCUGUUAGUUGUGCAUUGGCUCGCAUGGAAUCUUUACUCGUGGAGUCUCAUCACUCACACUUCCGAAACUCUAGGCCUCUGCCUGAUUGUUCAUGGACCUAUCGUGAUUGGCGUGUACAGCUUGGUUCGACGAGAUCGACAACAUUGCUCGUAUUGGAUGGCAGUAGCACGGGGACUGUUGGGGCUUCCUGUUGGGGCUCUAGUAAUGGCAUUUGGAGCAAUUGUUUUAGGAGCUCCAGUAGGGAUUCGAUACUUGAAAAGAACAGCUUAUUGGUCUCUUCUGAUGUCUGUAUUCACUUUUGUUCCUCCGGCAUGUGUCUUUGGCUCGUCGAGAGUGGAUUGGCAUCGUAUUUUUGCUCAUUUCAAGCCUGAAGAAUCUCUUGAUGCUUUGGUUUGUCUACCAGCAUAUGGAAGUGUUAUAGGUGCAUGGAUUGGUGCUUGGCCUAUGCCACUUGAUUGGGAAAGGCCAUGGCAGGAAUGGCCAAUUUGUGUCACCUAUGGCGCUGUUGCUGGAUAUUGGAUUGGAGGUCUCGCAUCUUCAGUGUUCAUUCUCAUCCAUGGACCGGUUCAUGUCAAAGAGGACUAACCUGUUGAGGAUUUCAUUGGUUUUUCAUGGCAGACGAUUCCACUUUCUGUUUUGAUUGGCAUUUAAGUUCAUCUCAUGUAUAACUGACCACAUACAUGCGACCAGCAUGAAAUGCACCAUCUUGCUUAUUAGCUGCAGAUAUUUUUGGUCUUGCAGUUUUUUGAUGGUUGAAUUGUGAAUGCUUAGAGAAAGGCAAUCUGUUGCAGAGAUAUUCUUAAGAUUUUUUUUUGGAUUCAGCCAUCGAACUUGUUAUCUUAAUUGUAAGACAUCAUUAUGAACAACGUGACUUUGAUCGAACUAACUUGAUUUCACUGGUGCUUGAUUCUGAUUGAAAACUUAAUAAAGGAAUCAUUCCGUAGUUCUACCUA